AUGAGUCGUCCUCCCUCUUCCCAGGAGACAAGGGACAAUUUUAGAUCAUAUGUGAGGGCGGAGUUCCGCAAAUAUCUCUCGGUUAGCAAAAAAGAUUUCAGCGCAAUAGAGUAUUUACUGCGCAAAGGCAACCGGCAGCUUGAAAUGUAUUCUUCUCCUGGGAUUCGGAACAUCCGAUCUGCACUGAACAUGGCUUUCUUCCCCCGCGUCGCCAACGACUUCGCGCCUUUGUUCCGGCUGCUCAAUGACUAUGAUGUGCAUCGUUCCAGCUGCCAAAAGAACAAGGCUGUACCGGUCCGCUCGUUCACCCCUCGCUUUGAUGUCUAUGAAAGGAAUGAUUGCUAUCAUCUUGACGGCGAGCUACCCGGUGUUGACCAGAACAACAUUGACAUCGAGUUUACCGAUCCUCACACGUUAGUCAUUAAGGGCCAUGUCCAACGCAACUACAGCAAUACAAUGCCCGAUGACAAUGAAAUUACCGAUGAUGCCUCAUCCAUAAGGUCUCUCCAACCCACAGUCGAAGAUGAAGAAGAUGAAGAACCACCCAAUGCCACGGUAUCUGCUGGUUCACCAACACACAUCAGCACCGCCCCCCCAAAUAAAGCAACAGUGCAUCAAGAGCAAUCAUCCAGUGGCCCUGCCUACAAGUAUUGGGCAUCGGAGCGGUCAAUUGGUCAAUUCCACAGAGUGUUCACAUUCCCAACAAGAGUGGACCAAGAAGCAGUCCGGGCGAGCUUGAGAGACGGAAUCCUCUCAGUGAUUGUGCCCAAGGAGCCGGUACAAAAAAUGAAAAAGGUUCGGAUUGAGUAA